CACCGGAAGUAGAAUCAGCUUCCUGUGCAGAGUUUGGAGCUCACAUUUAGCCUAAAAAAAAUAGCAAUGUCAGGUGUCGAAAAAAUGUCCAACGAGUCUCCGGAGGUGGAAGAUAAAAAUAAAGAAAUGGACGCAGAGGCGGAUGAAAGCUUCGGGGAUGAUUACGGUGUCGACCCGACCCGAUAUAUGUUUUACAGAGACAGAAGGGAGUGGGCUGACCUGGAACCUGUUCCACAGGAUGAUGGACCAAAUCCUGUUGUUAAAAUCGCAUAUUCUGAAAAAUUCUCAGAUGUUUAUGAUUAUUUCCGUGCGCUCCUAAAGAAAGACGAACGGAGUGAAAGAGCUUUUGCUUUGACAGCAGAUGCCAUCGAUCUGAAUGCUGCAAAUUACACAGUCUGGCACUACAGGCGAAUUCUGCUGCAGGCUCUGUCAAAGGACCUGAGGGAGGAGAUGACGUACAUCACUAACAUUAUUGAGGAGCAACCCAAAAACUACCAAGUCUGGCAUCACAGGCGGAUGGUGGUGGAGUGGCUGAACGACCCGUCGGAGGAGCUGGCCUUCAUCGCUGAGAUCCUCAGCCAGGAUGCCAAGAACUACCACGCCUGGCAGCACAGACAGUGGGUCAUCCAGGAGUACAAACUGUGGGACAACGAGCUGGAGUUUGUGGAAAGUCUUUUGGAGGAGGAUGUGAGGAAUAAUUCUGCGUGGAACCAGAGGCAUUUUGUCAUUUCUCACACGACGGGAUACUCCGAUCCAGCGGUGGUGGACAGAGAGAUUCAGUAUUGUCUGCAGCAGAUCAGGAAAGCUCCUCACAAUGAAAGUGCGUGGAAUUACUUGAAAGGAAUGCUGCAAGACAACGGCCUGUCAUCUCAGCCGGGUCUGCUGGAGAAGGUCCUGGAGCUGAAGGAGACGCACUGCUCUCCUUACCUUCUAGCGUUCCUCUUCGAUUGUUAUGAAGACGCCUUAGAAAACACCAAGAACAUGGAGGAGCAGAAACGACAGGAAACGCUGAGCAAGGCUUUAGAAAUUUGUGAGCUCCUGGCUCAGGAGAAGGACACCAUCCGUAAGGAGUAUUGGCAGUUUUUGGGACGCUCUUUGCAAAACAGGCACGGGAGGAGUCCUUCAGAUGAACCGCCGGCCGCCCAGGCCGAAUCUCUUCCUGCAUCUGGAAACCAAGAAGCCAGCUGAACCUCCAGACGGCGUUCUCUUCGGUCUCCCUCGGUGCUGUUAACCGUUUAGUAUGAAAUCUAUCAAUCUAACCACCUAGAAUAAAUAAGUCUGACAUGUACAUCCUCUUAUCUUUCUUCUGUGAUUUUGGAGAACUUUCCACCUUAAACUGGAGAGCCAGACUGAGAUCACCUUUAAUCCCUCAAGUGUUAACCCGUCUAAAUUCUAUGGAUUAAGAUUAAACACUCCUGCAAGUGCUUGUAUGAACGGCCGUCUGGAGGAAAAUCUCGAUGCUCGUCCACAAAGCAAACGAUUGUGUGAAAGUCAAGUUUUCUAUUUUUCCUGACUCAAGGACCUCAGAGGAACUUCAGUUUGUGUUAACGUCAGUGUUGUCUCAUGUUGCAAUAACAUUAUUAAAACAUUUGCUAUAAUA